UUUGAAAUUUUAAAAAAUUAUUCCAGGUGCUGGCUAAAUUAUGAGACCCAUUUUAUAUGGUCAUUCAUUGGUCCUGUCAUACUCAUUAUUAUUGCAAACAUUGGCUUCUUUGUUAUGUCUAUCUGUAUAAUGAGGAGUCACCAGAAAAAGAAGAUCCAUAAUAAAGAAACUAAUCAAAUAAAACAUUGGAUGAAGGUAUCAUUGUCACUGACUAUCAUAAUGGGCAUUAGUUGGAUAGGAAAUGUAUUAUUCUUUUCGAAGGAGCUUAUCUUCAUUGCAUACAUCAUGACAAUCUUCAUUGUUGGUCAGGGUAUCAUUAUAUUCAUACUCUAUGUACCACUAUCAAGUCAUGUAAGGAAGCAUAUUGUAUGUAUUGCCAUUAUGAAAGUUGUAUGCAUCAUAACAUUAUCCCAAAGAAGGUUGGAUGUUUAUUUAAUAUUUUACUACACAUACAUGUUCUUGUACAUGCAUGCAUACCUGUAG